CAGUUCCGCCCGCGGGAAGUUGUCGUGCAGUGAUGACGUCAUGGGGGUCUGGCCGGGCGUCGCGGACUCCCGAGAUGGAGGAGAAGGAGCAACUGCGGCGACAGAUCCGCCUCCUGCAGGGUGGGUUGGCCACAGCUGGCCUUGGAAUCUAAUCGAUGACUAUAAAAAUCUCCAUGGCAAUGCCUCUGCACCAGGCCCGUCAGUUGCUUCCCGAUGGCAGCCACCAGCUUACCACAGUGGCAGGGCAUUUGGUACCUCCUACCCUCGUCCAAGUCGGAGGGGAUUCUCCUCACACCAGGGACCUGAAUGGCGUAAGAAGUAUUCCCUUGUGAACCGGCCCUCAGGGUCCUCAGACCAAGCUGGCAACCAUGCUGUGCAGGCAGCCCUUGGGGACAGGAGCAGCCAGGAACCUGACUCCCAGCAGCAUGUUUUUGAGAGACAGGUCCAGCUAAGUGCAGAUAAGAACAUGGUUAUCAAAAUCAAACCACCAUCAAAGACUGGUUCUAGUAGUGCUUCACAGGCCCAACCCGGCUUUUUGGAAGAAUAUGAAGAUACCCUUUGGAGUGACCAACAAUCUCAUAAAGCUGAGGGUGAGCCCACUGGUACACAGUCACAGCCUUCAAGGCCAGGAAGAGACAAGGGGAGCUGUAGUGUAGAGGACCCACUUCUGGUCUGCCAGAAGGAGCCUGGCAAGCCCCGGGUAGUGAAGUCUGUGAGCAGAGUGAGUGACAGUCACCCAGAACUCCGACGGACAGUCAGUGAGAGCGCAAUUGCUGUCAAGGGACACUUCUCAUCUUCUGCCUUGCCUCCUGGAACUGGUGUGGCCCUCCGCCACAAGGUGGGCCCUCAUUCUGCACCUAGUUGUGGUACGCAGCUCCCAGAUCAACCAACUCCCUCAAACUCAGUUGUGGCUUCAGCCCGACCAGCCUUAGGACCCAGGCAGACCCAGGAGCCCUCACUCCCGUUGUCUUGUCGAACCAAGUUCCGGAAAAACAACUACAAAUGGGUAGCCACCUCAGUGAAGAGCCCCCGGGUUACUCGAAGGACCCUCAGUCCCAGAGCAGCUUUGGAGAGUGUGAGCAGGGGUGCUUUUGGCACAGCUGGAAAGACAGAGAAGCCACAGCCCAGAGCCAAUCCAGAGUCCAAGUCCAGGAAGCCAGCCAUGUCCUCCAAGCCUGGGCCCUCCCCCAGCAAGUACAAGUGGAAGGCCUCCAGCCCCUCUGCCUCUUCCUCUUCCUCUUUCCAUUGGCACUCAGAGGCUGGCAGCAGGGAUCAUGCCUCUCAGCUCUCCCUAGUCCCAUCUAGGUCCCCUCCAGAGGACACACCAGCAGUAGGAUCUAGCAGCUUGAAGUCGCUCUUUGGGGAGACCCCUCUCUCAGCUUACAAAGUGAAGAGCCGCACUAAGAUCAUACGGAGGCGGGGCAAUACCAGCCUUCCUGGAGACAAGAAGAACAGCCCUUCAGUUGCCACCACUGCCAAGAACCACCUCAACCUGCGGCGAAAACAGGCUCUCCGGGGGAAGAACAGUCCUGUUCUGAAGAAGACCCCCAACAAGGGCCUAAUACAGGUCACCAGGCACCGGCUGUGCCGCCUGCUGCCAAGUCGGGCCCACUUCACCACUAAGGAAGUGUCCAAUACGCACACUCUGCGGACUCCACCUACCAGCAAAGUGAUCAAGACCCGCUACCGCAUUGUCAAAAAGACUUCAGCUUCUCCUGUCUGCACCCCACCCUUUCCCCUGUCUCUGCCCUCCUGGCGGGCCCGGCGGCUUUCACUAUCCAGGUCCCUAGUGCUGAAUCGCCUGCGUCCAGUUGUCACUGGGAGUGGCAAAGCCACAUCUGGCUCUCCUCGAUGGCGGAGCAAAGGCUACCGCUGUAUUGGAGGAAUUCUGUACAAGGUGUCAGCCAACAAACUCUCCAAGACAUCCAGCCGACUGGGUGAUGGGGGUAACAGGACCCUCCUCCGCUCAGGCCGAUUGGACCCUGCCAGCAACUGCAGCCGCUCCUUGGCCAGCCGGGCCGUUCAGCGCAGCCUGGCCAUCAUCCGGCAGGCUAGGCAGAAAAAGGAGAAGAGAAAGGAAUAUUGUAUGUACUACAACCGCUUCGGCAGGUGCAACCGUGGUGAGCUCUGCCCAUACAUCCACGACCCUGAAAAGGUUGCUGUGUGUACCAGGUUUCUUCGGGGCACGUGCAAGAAGACAGAUGGGACCUGCCCCUUCUCCCACCACGUAUCCAAGGAUAAGAUGCCUGUGUGCUCCUACUUCUUAAAGGGAAUUUGCAACAACAGCAACUGCCCCUAUAGCCAUGUGUAUGUGUCCCGCAAGGCCGAGGUCUGCAGUGACUUCCUCAAAGGCUACUGCCCGCUGGGUGCCAAGCCACACACACAGUGCCUUCCAGCCACCCACUGACCCAGCCUCUAUCCAUUCACUCAUCCACUCACGGUAAGUAUCCCCCUCCCAGGCCCCGUCCUGUGACCCCAUUUUCCUCCCUCCUCUCCAGGGGCUGCCCCGGCCCUGUCCUGAAGUGGGCAGUUCCAGAAGGUGUGCUCCUCAGACUCACCUGUUGGAGCAUCUUGCCUCAACACCAGAGUACCUAAAGGAGCCCCAAGUCCUCCCCUGACCGCUGUUGCUUUCUUUCAGGUGCCGGCCCAACUCGGCCUGCACCUUUGAGCUCAGAUCCUGUCCUUGUGGGGCUCUGAUGCUUUGAACAGCUUCAGGGUCCAGGUCCCUUCCUGGCUUUGUUAACUUGCUGCCAGCCCUUUGUGUCAAAAGCUGCCUCUGUUGGCGUGUGCUGCUCCAUGCCUGGCAGAAGUCUUGUAGUCAUUUAUUGUAUUUAAUAAACUUCUAAAAAAUAUUUGUUAAAUUUGUUUCUUUAUAAAAUAAAAAAUUUUGUAACAAAACAAUAGUUAACAUAUCAUUAUCUUCAGUGUACUUACUCAGGGACAAAAAGAGAUUCCUACAAAGGAGAAACAAACAGAUCUUAGCAGAGUUUCAAUGAAUUAAGAGAAAUUGGGAGUAUAAAUGAAAUGAAUUAGCAUAUAUAUUAAAGUAUUCUUGAUACCAAGGAAUAGGUAACUUAGGGAAUUAUUUGAAUUUAAUAAACUUUACUUUGAGAUCAUUUGUAUUUACCAAAAACAUACAGAGAUUCCACAGGGAGUCCCAUCUCUCUCUCGUUAGCAUCCUCCAUAACCACAGCCAGUCCACCAAUGUCAGGGCUGAAAGACUAUCUUAAGUGCAUUCUCUGCCAACUUCCCUCUGAGCUGCAUGUAGAUUUCCUUCAGUUUUCCACCAGUGUCCAUUUCCUACUUUGCAUUUACUUACCAAAUUUAGGAUGAAUGAUAGAGUAGCACAAAGGAGGCCUUGACCAGGGCAAGGUCAACAAAGAUGGGUGGAGGUGCACUCCAGAGGUGUGGGUAGGGCAUCUGGAACCUCCUCCAAGGUGGGAAGGAGGCUGGUGAAUUCAGUGGAAGCACAAGGUCCUCUGGUAGGGUUGGUGCUGGACAUGGCCAGGGCCUGGUUCUGGACAGACUGACAAGUGAGAGGCUGGGCAGCUCUUGGCCACACUGACUGUAGGGUUUGCUGUGGACAGGCCAGUGGAAACCGUCCAUUUCUGGCCAAAGAGGAGCAAUACUAUUCAAGUCUACAUGGUUCCUGUCUUCUCCACACCAGCUGCAGGAACACAGCCACCUGCCAGCAUGGCCACCACCAUGCGCAGUGCGUCCCUGAGUUGGGCAGCAGCAAGGAAGGACUGUGGGGAGUAUCUUGUGUGCAUAGUGGCCCAUGCCCUGUCACAUGCUCUGGGACAGAAUGCAGGCUUCUACCACCACAAGAUUCACUCACUGUUGUCUUUGUGCCAGUGAAAAAUGCAGGUAGGGGCUGGGGAUUUAGCUCAGCGGCAUAAGCACCUGCCUUGCAAGCAGGCGGUUGUGAGUUCGAUUGCCGGUACCGAUAAAAAUUUAACAAAAAAAAAUAGUAAAAAGAAAGAAAAAAAAAGGCAGGUGACUGGAGUGCUAUUUGCAUGUAGUUUUGGCUUUGCUUGGGGACUGUGACAUGAGGAACAGUGCUUAGAGCACACAUGGGCGGAGCCACAUGGUUGGGGCUGCACAAGAGCCCUUGAGACAUUAGGCCUGCUUUCCUUCUCACUGUUGGAUAGACUCAAAGUUACUUUGCAUGUCGAACUUCAAGUUCGCUGGUACCUCUUCCUGUGUUUGAGCUCUUUGCACUUUUUGUCAGGUACUAUUCGGUGAGGGUGGGCAUUUCUGCAUGGGGUCUACUUUUUCUUACUGACUUGGAAGAAGUCUGUGAAUAUGAGAUAGGACCCUAAAUACAAGAGGUAAUUGGGUAUUAAUGUUCUGUCAGGUGCAUAAGUAGCACAUGUCUUCUCCCAGUUUAUGGGGUUUUUUUUGGCACUGGGGAUCGAACUCACAACCUUUUGCCUGCCAGGCAGGCACUUGUGCCAUUGACCUGAAUCCCUGACCCAGUUUGUGGUUUUUUGUUUUUUGUUUUGCUUCUUUAUUUUAAUGAACAAAAUUACUUGGUUUUAGUGGGUGUGGUCUUAUCAGUCUUUUCUAGACAGUUUGUGCCCUUACUGUCUUGUAUGAGAGAGCCUGCUCUAUCCCAAAUCCUGCUAAAUUGCUUUCUCUAUUUAGACCUGGACUCUUUAAUCAAACUGAGGCGUGAGCCAGGACCCAGCUGCACAGGCCACAGCACCACACUCAGGCAGCCUGUCUUCUCCAGUGGCUGUGUAGCUCCAGCCUGUGAGUCAGGUUCUUCCACAUGUCUGCUUCCAGCUCUGUUCUGCUCAAUUUAUUCCUAAUAAUAACUUCUAUUAUUAUAAAUAGCAUACUGGAUUUUUAAAUUUUAUUUUCUCACUGUUCAUUGGCAUAUAGAAAAACAAUUUUAUGUUGAUUUUAUUUCCAGCGACCUUACUAAACCAUUAUUAGCAUUUAUAAUAAUUUGUAGAGUCUCUUGGAUUUUUCUAAAUAAUAACAUCAUUUGCAAAUAGUGACAUUUUUUCCUCUUUUUGAGUAUACCACAUUUUCUUUUUCUUGCCUGAUCUACUGGCUGCUGAGGCCAAGUACCUGUAGAUUUGGGGAGGGGAUUUCUCCCCAAUGAUGCUUUCAGGAAGGUUCCUUAUAUCAGUUUAAGAAAGUUCCCUUCCGUCACCAAUUUGCUAAGUAUUUCUUCUUUUAACUUUGAAUUGGGGUUUAAUUUUGUUGGGUACUUUUAUAUGUAUUCAGGUGAUUACAUAAUUGCCUUUUUAGCCUGUUAAUGUACUGAUUCCUGUUUAUUGAUUUUAAUUUUUUUUUCUUUUUGUUCAUUUCUUGUUGAUUGGUGUUCUGAUGUUAAAACAGCUUUAUUUGUCGGUCUGUCUGGUGGGUGAGGGUCUUUGUACCUGACCAGACUCUAGCUUAUAUAGGACGUUUGCACUGUGCUUAUGAAUGACAGUGGCCCGCAUGUCCUUUUCUCAGCAAGUCCUGGACUGGCUUUGGUUUCAAGGCUAUUUGGCCACAUAAACAGUUGUUCUCUGUUUUCCCAUCCCUUGCAUCAGUUCAUGAAAGAUUGGCAUUCUUUGUCUCAUAUUUGGUAGAACCACAAGUGUAACUUCUUUGGUUUGGAGCUUUCUUUACUUCUUAAGUACUAAUUGAAAUUCCUUUAUAGUUAGAACUUUCACGGGGGAGGGGUUGCUUGUCAGGUUUUUUAGAAUUUGUAAUGUUCAUUUGUUUUCAAACUAUCGUAGUCUGUUCCUUGUUUCUCACCGGUGUUUCCCAUCCUCAGCAUCAGCUGUGAUUCAUCACCCCCAGUAUUGCUUGUGUGUCAUUCUCUCGACUUCCUGAUUAGUCUUUCAGAAAGCCACCCUUCAACUCCAUGGGCUUUAAUUACAACUCUGUUUUGUUGGAUUUUUUUCUUUCUCUCACAUUCUGUGGGUUCAUUUUGCCGUUUCCCACUUACCUUUUAAGAUGAGUUUUCUUCUGUAAAAUAAGAGUUUAAGGUUAUGUAGUUCUAAGUCCUGAUGUUGUCCACCCAUGAAUCGUGAUAUGCUGUUUUAGUGUUACUGCUUGGUUGUAAAUAUUAUCUAACUUUCCUUAGUUUGAUGAAUUAUAUAAUGGAAUUCUUUUUUUUUUAAUUUUCAGGUUGUGGGAAGGGGAGUUGGUUGAGCAUGCUUUGCAUCAUAAAGGUGCUCAGGUGAAGAUCAGGGCUUAGGAAUUGGAGAUUUGCUUCAUGCUUGUGGUUUCCUAGAAGUUUUUUUUUUUUUCCAUUGUUUUAUUUUUUCUUCUUCAUUGUUUGCUUGCUUCUUUUCUUCCUGUUCUCUCUCUCUCUUUCUCUCUCUCUGUGUCUCUCUCUCUUUCUUUCUUUCUUUCGAGAAGGUCUUGCUAUGUAGUUCAGGCUGGCCUUGAACUCACUGUGGAGCCCAGGCUGUCUUUGAGCUCAUGGCAAUCCUCCUGACUCAGCCUCCCAAGUGCUGGAAUUACAAGUAUGUGCCACUAUACCUUGAUUUGAGAAAAAUAUUUACAUUUUAACCUAGAAUUUUGGUUGUUUUAAGAAAAAGGUUAGUUCAGAUCAGCACUGUCCAGUGAAAAUAUGUAUGAAUUGCAUGUAUAAUUUCAGGUUUAGUAGCUACUUUUAAAAAGUGUUUUAAAAAAAGACACAGAUUAUAACAAAGCACUUCCCUAGCAUAUGCAAGGCUCUGAGUUCUGUCCCUAGCAACAUAUACACACACACUAGAUGAAAUAUAUUUUAUUUAACUCAGUAUAUCAGAAAUACCAUAAUCCCAGCUACUUGGGAAGAUAAGGCAGGAAGAUUCCAAGUUUGAGGCCAGCCUGGGUAACUUAGUGAGACUUAACUCAAAAUAAAGUAAAAAAAAAAAAAAAAUAAUAAGGCUAGGAACAUACUAGUACUGGCUUAAUCACCAGUCCCACUCCAACCCUCCCCCCCCAAAAUCAUAUCAUAAAAAAAAAAUACUUUGUAUUCUUUUUUUCCUUAAGUCUAAAUUCUGGUGUGUUUUACAUGUACAUUAUAUCUCAGCUGAUAUCAGCCAUGGUUUAGCUGCUCAUUGGCUACUACAUAGGGCAGCACAGGUCUGCUAUCUCUGGCCAUCUCUCAGCCAAGCACUUUGUGUCUACUGUGGUCCAUAGCUGUAGGUGACUCUCACCAUCCACCUGUUUAUACCCCACCACUGUCUCAAUACAGGGCCCUGGCUCAAGUGCAUUCUGUUAAUAGGUCUUUUUUAGUGUGGCAAAAGUGUCUGUAUCUGGUGCACGCCUGUAAUCCCAGCACUCAGGAGGCUGAGGGAGGAGGAUUGUUGCGAGUUUGAGGCCAGCCUGGGCUACAUAAGCAAGUUCAAGGCCAGCCUCAUUCUGAGACGCUAUCACAAACAAACAAAACUGGCAGCACCAUCUCCUGUGCCCUCUGCCUGCAAGACCGCCCUGUAUUUCAAGGCUUCACAUCAUUCGCCAAGCCCAGCACUGAGAAGCUCAGACUCCAUGUGGAAGGGGUGUGAAUGAACCCUUCCCUGAGUCUGUCCUUUGGGUGGAAAGUACACAUCACAGGGCAGUGACCCAGGACCGUGGGGUACUAACUGUGAGCAGGCAUCUGCCCUGGCCUGGUGCUCAGUCCUGGGUGCCAGAAGUCAGGACAUUAUAUGCAGGACCACUUCUGGUAGGAAUGUCACAGACCUAGGGGAAGUGACUUUUAAGACUGCAGUUUGUAGCUUUAGCUGGUAUACCAGUCUGAUAAGUGUAGCACCACGGCCCAUCGGUUUCUGUCUGGGUUCUAGUUGGAAUUGAAUAUCAGCUGCACUCUGGCUCUCUCACCCAUCUGAGCCAGCUGAGGAAGGUAGGGGACCCCUCCUUGGGAAUGGGCUUGGGCUCCCAGCAGCCUGCAGGCUUGGCAGGCCACAAAGGCAGGCCGUGAUCACCCAUUUCUGUCCUGGGAUAGGGAGCCCUGGCUGGGCCCAGGUCCUAGGUGCUGUGCAGAGGCUUCUCACUUUCCUAUGGCUGGCAGGCAGAGCUGAGACCAAGCCAUUUCUGGGGGCACCUGCCUGCCCGACUGCCCCACCUCCCUGCGGGUAUAAUUAGCCCAUGACAGGUGCUAUGGAUAGCAUGCCCCACCCGGCCCUGACCCAGUGCUGCCUGCCCUCAGCUGACCUGCUGCACCCCCUUGCCUGGGCCCCAGGCCUGAACCCUGUGCCAUGAGUCUCUGAGGCCUCAGGCCCCACCCACCUUCCUCUGUCUCUCACCACAUUUGUCACAGUGGACUGGCCCUGUCUGGAGGGGUGGCAGGUAGGCAGAUCCCUCGGCAGUGGCCUGGCCUCAGGUUCUGGGAAUCCCCAGGCUGGCUCUGGCCCUCCCUUCAGUCUAUACUCAGGGGCCCAGAUGGAGCUGCUAUUGCCUGGUAGCCUCCUCCUUCCAAAAUGAAGCUUUUGACUUGAGCCCCAGUGGAUAGCCUGCAGGGCCACCAGAUUUGCUUUGGUGUUGGACCUAGCCCACCACAUCCCCCAGCCCACCUAGUCAUACUUUUCUUC